GUCCUGCCGCCGGCCUCAUAUCCAUCACCGCAACGCCUUCCUCUUGACCUCUCUCUUUCCCGUCGUCCUGUCACGCUGGCGCUCUCACGGUCAUCGCCAUCGCCCUUGCGUUCUGCUUUCACCACUACCACUACCACUACCACCACCGCCGCCACCACCACAGUCAUCACCACCACCACUACCACAGUCACCACCUCCGCCCCGUCCGACUCUGUCUGUGUGACCCCUCGCCAUUUCUCCCGCUCCAUCUCUGCUCGCCCGUCACAGCCGCCAUGUCGCGCUCGCUGCAGGAUCAGUUCAUCGACGACGAUGAGGAAGAGACGUGUCCGCUCUGUGUCGAGGAGUUCGAUCUCACGGAUAAGGGCUUCCGGCCAUGUCCCUGCGGCUACCAGAUCUGCCAGUUCUGCUACCACAAUGUCAAAACCAACAUGAACGGGUUAUGUCCGGCCUGUCGAAGACCCUACAAUGAUGCCGACAUCGAGUACAAGCUCAUCACUCCCGAGGAGACCGCUGCACAUAAGGCGCGCCAGGCUCACAAGCAGCGCAAGACCCUCCAGGCGCUGCAAAAGGAGAAACAAAAGGCCGAGGCGGAUAAUCUCAGUCGCAAGCAUCUGGCAGGAAUGCGAGUCGUCCAAAAAAAUCUGGUCUAUGUGACUGGUCUGAGCCCGACUUCGCAAGAGGACCAGUUGCUGCAGACCCUCCGUGGCGAUCAGUACUUUGGUCAGUAUGGCAAGAUUAUCAAGAUUGUCGUCAGCAAGGCCAAGGACCCGUCACAUCCGCACUCCGUGGGUGUCUAUGUCACGUAUGAGCUCAAAGAAGAUGCUGCGGCCUGUAUCGCUGCCGUGGAUGGAUCGAAGAAUGGCGAUCGAACGCUUCGCGCCCAGUUUGGUACCACGAAAUACUGCUCGGCCUAUCUUCGAGGCGAGAACUGCACGAACCGGAAUUGCAUGUUCUUGCAUGAGCCUGGUGAGGCCAACGAGAGCUACUCACGUGCAGAUCUCUCGGCUCUGAAUGCUGGUUCUUCGCAGCAAGGAUCCGCGAGGCCUCCUCCACCCCAAUCUCAGCAGCCUGUCGCGUCGGCAGCUCCGACAAUGAUGCGCCAAGGCAGUACCGACCAGCACGCUCCGAGUCCUGCGCCUGAUCGACCCGCUUUACCAUCAACAGCUAGCUGGGCUACCAAGCUACCACAAUCGAGCCGCGCCGAGAGCAGAAGUACCAGUGGAACUGUUGAGAGCCCCGCGCCUGUGAUUUCUAUUCCUGCUGCCGCACAACCAGAAGUGGCCGUGGAGCAGGCGCCACUGCCGCAAGCGACGCCAUCACAGGAAACAUCGGAAGACAGUGCGCUACCAGAUUUCCCCUCAGCGAGACCCGACUCGCCCCAGUCUCGUCGAAAACAUAUUUCUCCACUGGAUGCAUUUCUUGCCAACAUUAAACUGGAAGAUUUCAAGCUCGUCUGGUCCGACAAGUGCUUGACGGAAACCGAACAGAACAUGAUCAAAAGCUUUCCCCCAUUAUUCGACGAGAACGGGGGCGCGAAGCGAAGGCUACGGAGGCAGCGUGAGGAGGAAAGCCGGCGCAUCGAGCAAGAAGUUCAAGUCUUUCAGCAGCCUCCGCUUGCAGAACCCGAUGAUAAUCCGGAGAUGAGCGGUAGUCUGCAGCUUGGAGGCGAGCCGGAGGAGCGCCAGGGUUCGAACCAGAUGCAGAGCGCAAUCCAUCCGCCGGGACAGGAUGGAGGCGUUGACCAGCGUUACCAAUACGGAGGCGUGGCGACUUCGAGCCCGGGAACGAGUGAUCGUGGACUCACGCCACAGCAGCACCAGCAGAUGCUGCUACAGACACUGAAGCCCAACGCGCCGAGUGCUUUCAUGAAUAAUACAGGUCAGCAGGCCACGUUCAAUACUUCAUUCCCACAGCAGGCGACGAAUCCUCCGCACGGCCACCAGCGCAACGUUUCCCGGUACUCCUUUGCGAACGAUUCGGCAUCUGCUUCCACAGCAGUAAAGCCCGUGGCAAAUCCCAAAAUCAUGAAUCAACAAGCUGCCAUGAUGCCUUCGACAGGUGGCAACCAUUUCGGCGCGCAGCAUCAACAGCCCCAUGGCCAAUUCUACACCAGCAACGUGCAGGGACCACCACCAGGUCUCAAGACGACUGGAACUCCUCCUGUCAGUGGCAACCUGACUUUUGGGCAGGGUCACGGUUUUGCGACUGGCGGGUUACAGUACGGCGCAGGCUCGAGCCGUAACCAGCAGGAUACUUAUUAUAGGGAUUUGCUGCGCGGCAACAAUGAAGCAGCGAUGUCUGGUCGUGUCGAACCUAAGCGUGAGUUACAAUCCCUUCCCAGUUACAACAAUGCCCAAUCACAUGCAGCGUUCAUGGCGACCCAGCCCAAUGCCUACCCCGCCCCAUCCUAUGCAAAUCUUGGCGCGUUUGGCGAUGGUGAAAAGCAACGCAAAAAGAAGGGAAAGAAGCACAGGCACGCUGACACUUCCUCCUCUUCAGGAGGUGGUAUGAUCGAUGUGUCAGAUCCUGGAGCCAGCCAUCUCCUUCCAUCAAGAAUGCAUCAGGGUGCGAGCGGGUUCGGCGGAGGUGCUUUCGCUGGUCAAGCCGUGGGCACUGCAGGUGCGUUAUACUCUGGCAUGCAUGGCGGCGGUUACAAUGGGCGAUGGUAGAGUGCGGCGCACCACUCUCUUGCUUUUGAUUUCUGCAUGGCGUUGGUGGAGGGAAACAGAUGCCUCUUUGACGAUUGCGUUUCAGCGAACCACUUUGGGCUGUGACUUGGGUUUUUUGCACGGUGUUUAUCGAGAUGGGAACAGGGUACCUGGACUAGUGCCAAGUGUUGGACGCUGGCCAGAAAAAGAGUCGUGAAGCGGCGGGCGUCAAGCCAUCAACAUUCUCGAGAGUGGUCAGCGCAUUGCACAGAAUACACGGCGUCAGGAGUUGCUCUGAUUGAGACGGCAUCUUCAGCCCCCUUUUGCGAGUCCUCAUCAUGCCGCUUGUUAUCAUGGCUCACGACUCUUUGACCCUUCACUUGAUCGCGUGCCAUGACCCAGGACGUGUUGUGUACAUAGCUAGAUCUAAU